CUCUCUCUCUCUCUCUCUCUCUUAUAUGAACAUUGAACACCAACACAAAAGGCGUGCUCCACAAGCUACUCCUCUCUCUCUCUCUCUAGAACUCUCUCUCUCUCUCUCCCUUCUCGAACCCUAACGAUCCCCUGAUCCGAUCUCUCCCCAUUCGAGUUUGGAUCGAUCGGAGCAUCUCGAAUCCCACCCGCAUUGCCCGCGAUUCGACGGAUCUGGAGAGGUAGGUAUGGUAUAGGGCUUCGGGGGGGAGGUCUCUGGCCAUGGCGGCGGCGGCGGAGGGCGCGAUCGGAGGAGGAGGAGGAGGAGGAGGAGGGGUAGGGGAGGGGGCGUGGGUGUUCGACGAGCGCGACGGGUUCAUCUCGUGGUUGAAGGCGGAGUUCGCCGCGGCGAACGCGAUCAUCGACCUCUUCCUAGCCCACCUCGGCGAGAUCGGCGCGCCCGGGGAGUACGAGCACGCGGCCGCGUGCGUCCACCGGCGGCGGGGCCACUGGGCCCCCGUGCUCCACCUGCAGCAGUACGUCCCCGUCUCCGAGGUCUUCUUCGCGCUCCAGCAGGCCGAGUGGCGGCGGUACCACCAGGCGGCGGCGGCGGCGGCGGCGGCGCCGUACCCUCGGCAUUUUGACGGGCCGAGGGAGAAGGAUGGGAGGAGGGGAGGUGGGUUUGCGAACCGGGGUUACCGGUUCGAUGGGGCCGGCGGGAAUCGCGGCUCGGUAUCCUCGGCUUCGGCGAGAUCGGAUGCGGAGAAGAGGGGAGAUGUGGUGGAGAAGGGCGUGGAUGUGAAAGAGCGGGUUGAAGCUUAUGCGAAAGGGAAUAGUUCGUCGGAUGCUUUAUCGGAGAAUGCAGGUAAUGAUCUGAGUAGCUCAGAGACAAAUUGUGGACAGAAGGAAGGGAAAAAGCCAGUUGGCAGCGUGUGUAGUAAGUUGGAGCCUGCUGCCACAAAUGAUGUCCAAGCACUAUCUGAUCAAGGAGAUAUCAGUGAUUAUGUUCCACACAGUAAUGGCACUGUGACAACAAAUAUUGAGGGAAAGGGGAAACCAAUACCAAUCCCCAAAGAUUUUGAGGUUAAUGAACAAAGUGAUGGCAGGAUAGUUAAUAUAGUUGAAGGUCUUAAGCUCUACGAUGGAUUACUGGAUGCAACAGACAUGAAUCAGCUACUUUCAUGGGUAAAUGAAAUGAGAUCUGCUGGUCGUCGAGGAGAAUUACAAGGGCAGACGAUGAUGAUAGCAAAGAGACCAAUGAAGGGUCAUGGAAGGGAAGUGAUUCAGUUAGGCAUUCCCAUGGUUGACGGCCCUCCAGAAGAUCGAAAGGUGGAGGCCAUCCCUAGCAUAAUGCAGGAUGUGCUUGACCGCUUAGUACGGCUCCAAGUUUUGCCGGUCACACCUGAUUAUUGUAUUGUUGACUUCUUUAGUGAGGGGGAUCAUUCUCAUCCUCAUAUUUGGCCACCUUGGUAUGGUAGGCCUGUUUCUACUUUAUGCUUGACUGAAUGCGACAUGGUCUUUGGCCGAGUAAUGGUGUUUGAUAGAGGAGGAUAUAAUGGUGCUCUACACCUAUCUUUGCAAAAUGGGUCUCUCCUCCUGUUGCAGGGUAAAAGUGUGGACCUCGCAAAGCACGCCAUCCCCUCCAUGCGCAAACAACGAAUAUUACUCACUUUCGGAAAGUCCCAACCGAGAAGGAACUCUUGGUCCGAAAACUCUCGCUUCAAUUCACCCUCUCCGCCUCCGUCCUCGCCAUGGGGUCCGCCAUCAUUUAGGACGCCCAACUUCUCCCGCCACCCUCCGGGCCCUAAACCCUACGGGGCGGUCCCCGUGACUGGCGUCCUCCCGGCCCCACCCAUCCAUCCACAUCAACACCUCGCUCCACCGCCCAACGGAAUCCAGCCGCUCUUCAUUUCACCGGCACCCACUGCGGGCCCUGCAGCUGCCCCUUACCCUCCGCCGGCGCCCGUCGCAAUACCGAGGCACUCUGCUCCGUGGCUCCCUCUCCUCGGCACGGGGGUCUUCCUCCCUCCCGGCUCUUCGCAAACAACUCAAGCUCUCCAACCUCCAGUUUUUCCCUCUUCUGGCGAUCCUAGCUCCUCCCAUCCAGAGACUUCUUCUUUGCUCAACACCAAGUGCAUCGGGACGGAAUCAUCAAAUGGCCACAGUUCUUCUCCCCAAACUUCUCCUAAGAACAAAUCAAACGAGACGGGAGCUAAACCCGAGUGCAAUGGGGAUUCAAACCACACUAGCAAUGCUUCUCAAAAGACGAUUUCGGUUAAGGAACAGGAAAAUGAUGGCCCAAAGGUUGCGAACAAGCCCGCGAGUAAUGGUGCUAACUAGAGGAAACAGGAACUGUAUAGAUACGAAAGGAGGACGGAAAAAAAUGGGAUUCUUUCGCCGGGAACAACUGUGAAUGGUUAUAGCUGGAAUUGUUUAAACGAGUCGCAUCGCACAAAAUGUAAAUCGCGGGAGAGGGUCAAGUGACUUAUAUAUGUUAGUCGUGACGCGAGAACUUAUUUAAAUUUUGUAGGCGCCGUUACGCCGCCUGAAUUUUACCUUUUUAAUUUUUUUUUUUUCCUUUAGGGUUUGCUGUUUAUUAUUGUCAAACUUACAAACUAUUUAGUUUCUAUUGAAUCAGGUGAAGAGGCUGGAGUAAUCUGUAGGGACUUGUUCAAGUGCA